AUGGCAGCCAUCGAACUCGCCACCUCAACAACCGCCUUCUGGCGCGAAACCGGCGCCGCAUUCCGCGCAGCCAACCCGCGCACCAGCGGCACGAAAGACAACCGCAUGAAAGAAGCGCUUAUCCGUCUGCCUCACGCACGCGUCACGUGGCUGUGCGCACUCUUCCUACUCGGAUACGUGGGUAUUGAAGUUGCGCUAGGUGGCUGGAUUGUCAAGUUCAUGCUUGAAGUGAGGGAUGGAGAGGAGUUUGCGAGUGGCAUGGUGGCGACGGGGUUUUGGAUGGGGAUUACGGUUGGGAGGAUUGUGCUCGGGUUUGUUACGCCGAGGUUGGGGGAGAAGUUGGCUAUUACUAUCUACCUCCCCCUCACAAUGGCCCUCGAACUCAUCUUCUGGCUCGUCCCCCAAUUCUACGUCUCGGCCGUCGCCGUAGCCCUCCAGGGCUUCUUUCUCGGUCCCUUGUUCCCGGCUGUAGUCGUCGCAGCUACCAAGCUCUUACCGCGUCACCUACACGUCGGCGCUAUUGGCUUCGCGGCGGCUUUCGGCGGAAGUGGCGCUGCCAUCUUCCCUUUUGCGGUUGGAGCUAUCGCACAAGCCAAGGGUGUACAGGUACUACAGCCGAUUAUUCUGGCGCUGUUGGGCGUGAUUCUACUGCUUUGGUUGGGUCUACCGAGGAUACAUAAGAAGGAGGAGUGA